AUGGAUAGUUGUGGGAAACAUAGAUCAGAACUUGAUGAAGUAAUCUGGGAGAUCAAAAAGUCAUUUACUGUUUUGAAACGAGUGCCGGAUCUGAUGGAGAAGGAGAAACAGGAUUACUUGUACACGGAUGAUCCAGAGUAUAAAUCUUUAUUUGAUGAUUGUCAGAAAGAACAUCCUGAAAUUGUUUCGAAUUUCGAUAAACUGAAAUUGGAAGUUCGAAAAAUAGUGGAUGAGAAUCACAAAGUGAACAAAGCAAUUCUAGAACUAGAACAACUUUUCAGUGGAUUUUAUGUGAUGAUCGGAGAGCUAGAGGUUGAACACUCUGUUCUGGAAUAUCGAAGAGAAAUUGAUAAAAGUUUCAUGAAAUUGUUUGAAAUAGUGAAAGAAUUGAAUAAAGAAUAA